CUCGGAGACUUUGCAUGCAUACCGUUUUUUCCCUCUCUCGUACUUGUUUGAUCUCCCAUGCACUGCCUGUCGGCUUCUGAGCUCAAUCCAAUGAUACUUAUGACAGCCGUCUCGCGUGCUGUCUUCACGACUGUGUUCCUGGCCUGGCAACACGGUAUUGGCCGAAUACACGACCACAGCUUUCUUUUGCAAUGACAGAUUGAUGUCCCUUUCUGUAGUGGAGGCGGCAAACAUUGGGGGGAAAUCAGAGGGGAGCCACCACUCAGUCUUCCGCCACAGCUCCAGCAGGGACAGCCAUCCAGCGCCGCCCAGGCCAUCUCAUUAUGCGCCUAUCGGGAUGCCAAGACUGAUCAGUUUGCAGGGGAUGCCUGUUCAACAUGCCGAUCCAGCUGUCCAGAGGAGAGAGCACGAGACGAAAUACGCCACCGGUGAGGGAGAGGCAGAGAGAGAAGGCCACACUCAUCUGGAUGGGUGGGAUGGAUGGAUGGGUUUGUGGCUUUCGUGUUCUCGUUCAGUACCCAUAUCGAUGCAUUUGAGUCAGCCCCACAGCGGCAACCCAAGCCCCAGCUCGUCUCAUGAUCAGGCGUCUUCCCACCACGUCGCCACGACACAUCUGUACGUGCCCCCCACCCACCAUCAUGAUGUGAGGGAGCAGGACCGUGUGCAGCAAGACAGAGCGGUGACGUACCACGCGCCAGUGAGCCCCAUCUACCCCCAGGGUGACUAAGGGUGAUGUCUCUCCUCCAAUCUCUGUUUUUCUAUCUGUCAAGUGUCUGCUUGUGUGUUGUUAGUGUGGCCGCAUGGUGUGGACUAUCCCAUUCAUCCGAUGCAGCAGCCAGUGAUGCCCCUGCCGCCAACCGAUGACACCCCCACAACCUCCUUGAGGGAAGCGGCGAAUGUCAUAGUUCUUCUGCUGCUGCCGUUCUCUCUUUCGCUGGCCAUUGUGGCACUUGCCAGGUGAGUGGAGCCCUGUCUGUGUGUGUGGACCAUACGUGUGUGCGCCUGUGUGGGAAUGGUGCUUGCAGUGUGUUGGUGUCCGUGUGGAAGAAAAGGAGGCCGUACAAGAGGUUCUGUGGAUAAUAGGGCAGCUCAAGAGCUGAGAGAGAGAGAGAGAGAGACUAGGACCUGCUGAUAUGAUUGAGCCAUAGGCGUAAGCACACACGCUAGUCUCCUUAAAUGCACGUCAC